AUGCAACGCUUGACUUCUGUCGCGAUGCGGCUAGUGGCCAUACAGGCUUGCAUCGUCAGCUUGACGCAUUGUCUGAAGACGCUGGAGGUACCCUUCAUCCGCAUGCCCUCUCCAGAAGGCAACUUUGUGGCCUCAGUACAACUAUCAGUCGGAUCGCCACCCCAGCAAGUCACCGCCAUCCUCGACACCGGGAGCAGUGAUCUCUGGGUCCCCCAACUCAACAGCCGCUUGUGCAAGGACCGGUUAGCCAGAUGCACUGUCAACAACAACGACAACAACGCCGCCGUCACGGGUGCUUUUGACACGGCCAAGUCGACGACAUUUAACGCCAAAAACCAGCCCCCGUUCGAAGCCACCUAUGUCAACGGUGUUGAGAUCCAGGGAACGUUCAUGUCCGAGUCGGUCACGCUGGGGGGUACCGCCGUGCUCAACAACACCAUGGGACUCGGGCAGACCGGCAAGCUACCCUCCCCUCUGAUAUCGAUUCUCGGCGUCGGGGCUUCGAGUUCUGAGGCUUCUGUACUUGCCAAAAAUGCUGAGCCGUACCCCAAUUUCCCGGAGAAUCUCAAAGCACAGGGUCUCACUCAGUCUCUUGUGUACGGUAUAUAUUUUAAUGACUUCAGGGCGCCCACGGGGAGUGUCGUGUUUGGCGGUGUCGACACGGCCAAGUUCACCGGGGAGAUGCAAAUGGUCCCCCUGAUCGGCAGGGAAUUCGCAAACACGGACGACUUCAUCGUCCCCUGGACCUCCUUGUCCUUCUCGGCCGACGACACGGCCCGGCCGACGGUCAUUGGCAGCAAGAACCUGCCGCCGGCGCUCAUCGACACGGGGAACCCCUCGCUCUCGUUCCCGCCGCAGAUCCUCGACCAAAUCGGCCCGGCCAUCAAAGUCCAGACGCUGCGGGACGGCACCAAGGCGCUGCGGUGCGACAGCGGCGCCAGCGGCGCCAAGUUCGGCUUCGAGUUCCGGACGGCCAGGGUCGAGCUCCCGCUGUCGAUGAUCUUCAUCCCGCUCGCGACAGACGGCGUGCCCACCACCGACAAGGACGGCAACGCGCUCUGCACGCUGCCGUUGGAGCCCCUCGAAGGCCAGGUCGCGUCUUUCGGCGCGCCUCUGCUGUCUGCCGUGUACACCGUCUUCAAUCUCGAGCACAAGCGGCUAGGGAUGGCGCAGGCGAAGGUCAACGAGUCGGCGACGAGCAUCCAAGAGGUUGGCCCGGAUGGCAAGAUACCACCUGCUGCGGUAGCGCCAAAGCCCAGGCGCCGCAGCGUGCGGUUCCGGGACGUAUAG